UAGGAACGAUCAAGCCGCCGAAGGGUUAUAAAUGUUAAGCGUAGGAGGAUUACAGGUCGAAGAAGAGAGAUUAGACAGCGGUACAGGAACGUAGAAGUACGGUGUGAAACGGAAAGAGAAGGGCUGAAAGCCCUCGAGCUGCAGCCUAAGUAAGAAACCCUAAACCGUGAACUGUACGGUCUGUACAAUGACGUAGUGUUCUGUCAUUCGACGCGCUACCUCUCCAGCAGCCUCUCUUCUACCACCAGCUGGCCAUUAUAGUGGGACAGAACACUUCACCGGUUCACAACUAUACAUAUAGCGGUAGGCCUUUGAACGGUGCGUGCCUCGUAGCCUCGUGUGCGAUACCUCUUCCUUCCUUCUCACGUCCUUUUUGCUCGCGCGAAAGCCUUCUCGCGCUCGUUAUCUCUCUUCUUCUGUUGUCGCUCGCUUUCCCGCUGCUAUACCAGUCUCGCCGUUUUCUGCGCGUAAACAACCAAAGGCCAAAGACACCGGAGUUCCCCGCAAAGAUGGAACGACGAUCCAGAGUGCCACUGACGGGAGAGUCGCCGAAGAUGGAAAGAAACGGUUGUUACAUUUGAGAGGAAAAGAUUCAGAUCGUCAUCGCGGUCCGGAUCGCAUUAUGACAAACGUGCGUGGCGAUCGUCCCUUACAACCAUGAAAGCUUCCACUUUGAUUUGCUGCAUCCUCGCCUUCCGGUCCAUCCUGGUCACCACUGGAGUACGCAAGAGCCAUCACCUAGACGACGUGGAGACAAGACGCAAUCUAGACGAUCUCGUUGAAGAAUACUCAGGGCCAAGACCCUCACCCUCCUGGGUGACCGUCACACUCGAAGACAAGCGGAACGACGAGUUGAAGAAGGUGCCGCUUCCUACGAGGCAUGCGAAACACCGGAAACGACGUCGCUGCCGAAAUCGGUCGAGCUGCUCAAAGGGCAAACUGUUUCCUCUUCGAAACGAGACCAAGAAUAACACAUUCUUGGAGAAUGAGGAGGAACCUAUUGUUCCUGGUGGAACCGAUCAGAUUCAGUACAUGAAUAACGAGGACUACGACGGAAGGGGUGCUGAAGAGAAGGGUGGCUUCAGCCUAGAGAAGAACGUCAGCUCGGCGUCGAUGGAUUCUUUCGUGGCGCGUGGUCUUUUGGAGAUUGAGUUCCAAGAUACUAGUCUGCCCUUCUGGCUGGAAGACUGGCUGAAGAAAAAUAGAACGAACGAGACCGACGAUUACGGGGUUGAAACGGCUAGCCCUUUGAACAUUAACGCGUCCUUCGAGGAUCAAACGGCGUUUCAUGAAGGACUGGGCGUUUUAUUGACUAGGCUGCUCCAAAGUCUGCGGAACACUUCCAUCGUGGAACGCCGGAACAUCUUGAAAGAGUUGAAUUUCGUGAACGAGACGAGCGAGGACCCAUGCCAGAAGUGGUUGAACAGUAGGGAUAAGAUCGAGAAGGUUUUCUUAGGUGGCCUCGUUUCGUUGCCUGCCUGUCCUUGUCAAUACCCCAGUAAUAUUUUUUACGACGACAAAAUUUGGGACGAGUCUCAGAGGAGGUACUUCAGGUGGCGGGAUGUAAGCGGCAGUUCUCAAAGGCUUGACGUCUAUAAGCCUGGAGCAGCAUACUGCGUACGUUCGCUGCUCACGCAAGGGAGCGGAAGUGCGGCUGCUCAGCAUUGCUGUUAUGAUGACAAGAGGAGACUCCUGACUCGUGGUUCCGGAGCCGGGACAACCAACUUUGUCAGCCCGGAGAUAUCCAUUGUUCUGCACGAAAGAAUCGACGUGCUGCCUUGGAGACUGUGUAAAGGAGAUUUUUCCAGGUACAAUCGAGUCAGACCGCCGAACAAUGAUAACCGCUGUGAACCGAAUCCUGAUGACGAGGAGUAUCAACGGCAAAUCGACAACACCAAGUAUUAUUAGUUGUUCCGGUACUGAUAAAUCACCGAGGACCCUGUGAUUGCUAGCCACCUCAGUGCCCCUUCACGAUGCAGCCGGUCGUGCAUCGCAGGCAGUAUUUACGUAAUUUAGGCGUCUGAAGCAACUUCGUGUAAUAAAUGUACUGUUUCUAA